AUGGACAUCGGUCAAGCAAAUACCAAUCAGCAUUUGCAUUCCAGCAUUGGCAGUUCUACUGCGCAUAGAGAAAAACUACCAAAGGACAAUGACACGAACGGUCGCAAAAGUUGGUGGUUCCUCUCCACAGCAUUCCCGAUGAUUGCUGGCACUUUAGGUCCAGUUGCUUCAGCAUUUAGUAUCUGUUCAUUAGCUGAGCCGUGGCGACAAAGCCUUGUUACUGGGGCAGAUAUACAGAGUGCCGUGGAUAUUCCUGAUCCUUCAUGGUUAGUGGUCAUAGAGGCUAUCCAACUCUUGAUCGGUAUCAUUGCGAAUCUCUUCCUUCUUCUCCACAUGGCGAGACGGGUCCGUUUCGGUUUAGCUCUGCCUAUCACGAUAGUUGGAUGGUACACCUCUUCAAUUUGUCGCAUCGCUCUCAGCGCUACUGCCGCUCGGCCGUUCAAAGACAAAGGACUAUCUAACGAAGAUGUCAUCUGGUCUCAGGCUUUCUACUAUGGCAUGUUUGCGGCUAUACUCUAUUUUGCCGAUGCAACACUCCUUGCUUUGACCUUUUGGGGCGCUUAUACGAAUCGCUAUGAAAAGAGCCUGCCACUAACUGUAAGUCAACGCACCCUAAUGCUUCAGAGCAUCUUACUCCUGAUAUACCUGCUUCUUGGAGCCUAUGUUUUCUCUGAGAUUGAGUCCUGGGAUUACCUUGAUGCUGUAUAUUGGACAGUUGUUACGCUUUUUACUGUGGGCUUUGGGGACUACCACCCUACGACUGACCUUGGAAGAGGACUCCUGAUUCCGUUCGCACUAGCCGGGAUUAUAUCUCUUGGCUUGGUCAUCAGCUCAGUCAGGAUUCUGAUUCUUGAGAACGCGAGGAGAUGCAUCAGGACGAGGAUAGACAACAGGAAGCAAGACAAGUUUAUCAAGAAGAUGAUUCUAAAGGGUGAGGGUUACACAUUGGAUCCCAUUUAUGAAGACUCGCAAAUACCCCGUGGAAGGUCAAUCGAAGUGCAAGGACGCGAGUUUGAACGCCGUAAAACUGAAUUCCAGUUAAUGCGGAGAAUUCAGGCCAGGUCUUCCACACGCAGAAGAUGGGUUGCGAUGGCGAUUUCGACGUUCUUGUGGCUGUCUCUAUGGUUCAUAGGGGCUUGCGUCUUCCAGAAAGCUGAGGAGGCCCAACAAAGCUGGACAUACUUUGAUGCCAUUUAUUUCUGCUUCGUGGCCUGGACGACAAUUGGAUAUGGGGAUUUAUCGCCAAAGUCUAAUCUCGGAAGAUCCUUCUAUGUCUUUUGGUCUCUUCUUGCUCUGCCAACUAUGACGAUUCUCAUAUCAAAUGCCAGUGAUACUGUGGUUAGGACUAUCCGAGAUGGAACUAUUCUCGUCGGAAAAGUUACGGUUCUGCCGGAUGAUCGUGGAUUCUUGAUGAAUUUGAAGACUAUUAUUAACAAAAUCACAUUUGGCAAAGUCUUCACAUGGAACACCAAUAAACCUGAUAAUAGAGGAGCAUCUUCAAAAGCCACUGGUCAACAAUUGCCUACCCAUCAACCUCUUUUCGCGAUACUGGAUCCACAGAACACUCAACCUCGUGUGGACUUUACCUCUCGUUCGCAGAAUAACGUUGGCGACCUUCCCACACAGGUUCACCUACAACUCCUUUUGAUAUCCGAGAUUCGUGAGAUUUUGGGCCACCUUAAGGAGACCCAGCCUCAUCACUAUACUUUCGAACAAUGGGCCUGGUAUCUCAAGCUUAUCGGAGAAGAUGAGAGUGAUCCAAGAACACAUGGCAGCGUUCACCAGCAGGAGUGCGACCAUACUGUCUUGAGAAAAUGGUCGUGGAUUGGAAGUCAGAGCCCUUUGAUAAGUACUAAUGGGGAGAGUGAAUGGAUUCUGGGAAGGCUGAUGGAAAGGCUUCAGCUGUCGUUGACAGGAGAAAACAAGGGUCAGGAGAUAAGAUAA